GAGAACAGCCAAAAGCAGCAAAAGAGUCUCAUUGUGAGGUCUCAUUUUGGGGUCUCAUUGUCAAAAUUCACACAAAAUUGUUAUUUUUUUUAAAAAACACCCUGAUUAAUGUAAAUAUCAAAAAGCUCAGACUUUCUCCCUCUCGCGCCUUCGCUUCACAUCAUCGAAGAGAUAAACCUCCCGUGUCCCUCGCUUUCGCCUCGCCGGAGAUUCCAAGAUAUUCGCCGGAAUAUUCUCUCCAUGGCCCUUAAGGCCUUAAACCCCUUCCCCCUCUUCUCCUCCUCCUUUCUCUCCCCCUCUGGCCGGCCCGCCACCGAGCUCCGGUUCUCCCGCUGGAACAACGCCAAUGCCGAGCCCUUCAUCCGCCGCCGGCGCGAACAGCAAGAGAUUGAGGCCGACCUACGUCUCCACCGCCGGCAUCACUCCGCCGCCCUCAUCGCCUCCGAUGAGCCCGACCACGAUCCUGACUCCGACCGAGCCUACGCUUGCGCUCCCUCCCCGCCUUUUAAGUCCAUCGGCACUCCCUCCUCGCCUUCUUCCCCCUCAAUCCCGGGCAGGGCUUCCAAGUACUCGAAACCCCCUGAAAACCCUAGAAAUGCUGGCUCACAUCCCGCUUUUCGCAGGGUUUUUCGGGCUAGGGUUCCUCAAGUCUCUGAAGAGCAGCAGGCUGGGAUCGUGGUUGGGGAUCGCGGGAUUGCGUAUCGGAUCAAAGAUGCCCCUUUUGAGUUUCAGUAUAGUUAUACGGAGACCCCAAAGGUGAAACCUUUAGCGCUGAGAGAGGCGCCCUAUUUGCCGUUCGGACCUGGUACCAUGCCCCGGCCGUGGACGGGGCGGGCGCCGACGCCGGAGAGUAGGAAGAAGAGGCCAGAGUUUGACUCUUUCAAACCACCACCUCCUGGGAAGAAGGGAGUGAAGCCAGUGCAGGCACCGGGGCCUUACCUUGCAGGGUCGGGUCCCAAGUAUAAGGCAAUGACGAGGGAGGAGAUCUUGGGUGAGCCAUUGACGAAUGAGGAAGUGAAGGAUUUGAUUAAGUCCACCUUGAAGACUACCAGGCAGUUGAAUAUGGGACGUGAUGGUUUAACUCACAACAUGUUGGAUAAUAUACAUGCUCACUGGAAACGACGGAGAGUAUGCAAAAUAAAGUGUAAAGGAGUUUGUACGGUUGACAUGGAUAACAUCCGGCAACAAUUGGAGCAAAAAACUGGAGGGAAGAUCAUUUACAGCAGAGGAGGAGUGAUCUUCUUGUUUCGUGGUCGAAACUACAAUUAUAGGACACGCCCCAGGUAUCCAAUCAUGCUAUGGAAACCUGUGACACCAGUAUAUCCACGGUUGAUCCAACGGGCUCCUGAGGGACUAACCCUGGAAGAAGCAAGUGAAAUGCGCAAGAGAGGACGUAAAUUAGUCCCAAUAUGCAAGCUUGCGAAAAAUGGUAUGUACUCUGGCCUGGUCAAAAACGUACAAGAAGCAUUUGAAGCUUGUGAGUUGGCCCGGAUUGACUGCACAGGACUGAACAAAAGUGACUACAAGAAAAUAGGUGCCAAGCUCAGGGAUCUAGUACCAUGUGUCCUAAUUUCAUAUGAAUAUGAGCAUAUACUCAUGUGGAGAGGGAAAGAUUGGAAAUCUUCUCUGCCCCCUCUGGAAGGUGAUGACAAUGAGGCUGUAGAAUGUAUUUCUAAUGAUUCAACCACAGCGCCCAGUGCAACCAAACUUUUAUUGAAUCAUCAGAGUUCUAUUGAUUUAUCUGAAGGGAAGAGUGUAGAAGAGAAGCAUGAUCUUGAGAUACAUACUGAUUCCAUUACGCAAAGUGAAAAUGUCUCCACACAAAAUAAUGUUGCUUUCAAUUUGGAAACAAGCAGUGACUCUCAAGAUGGUAUGGGCAGUGACUCACAAGAUGGUGCAUUACCUGGUUCAACCAAAACCAAUGAAUCUGCUUCUGAUUCCAUGGUUAUAAUUCAUCAAGACAUACCUGAUUUAGAUGGUGAGAAAAGCUUAGUUGUUGAUCCACACCUUAAAGUACAUUGUCAAGACAUUUCUCAAAUCCAAGGUUCAGUGUUCAACAAAAGUGACAACUCAUCUUUUACUGUAAGAAAUGCGGGUGAAAGCAGCUCACUUGAGGUGCACUCAUCACUUGAUGUACCUUGUCAAGGCAUUCUUCCAUCUCUUGUUGCAGGAGAAGGCCGACAGCAAGCAGACUCCAAUGGACUUUAUCCUUUGAAUACAACCAAUGAAGCUGGCAUUGGAGCUGAUGAUAUUUCUUUUUCUUGCUCUCUGGCUGUGGAGGGUGUGGUGAAUGAAAAUUUAAAACACCAGGACACCGUU